AUGGAAGCGAAAAACUCCUCUGCCGAGGAGUUUUUCCAGACCUUGGAGGUUUUCAGGGACUCCUCUCUGCUCACUGACCUGACUCUGAGCACUGAGGAUGGGCUGAGCUUCCAGGUCCACUCCCCUGUCCUGGCUGCUGUCAGCUCCCUGGUCCACCACAGUCUGCAGGACGGGGAUGCAGAGAGGGAGAAGAGGGGAGGAUCUGUUGAUGGUGACACACAGAGAGAGGUGUCGAUGGUUCUGGGUCCUGGGAUGGACCGUGUAGGGCUGGCGGGGGUGCUGGAGUUUGCCUACACUGGGGUCAUAGCAGCUCUGAACGCAGGCAAUGUGAUCCAGAUCCAGACUGCAGCUCAAGUACUGGGAGUUCCCAGAGUUCUGGAGCUCUGUAGAGAGGAAGAGGAGAAGAUGAAGAUAGGAGGACAGAAGAAGACAGAGGAGAGGAAGAUCUCAGCUGCAGAACAGAUGGAGAUCAGUCUUCAGUCCAUCAGACAGCUGUGGACACAGAGAGUAGGCUGUGAUGUAGUUCUGGAGGUGGAUGAAACUCCAUUUAAUGCUCACAGAGUUGUCCUGGCAGCCAGUAGUGACUAUUUCAGAGCAAUGUUCACCAGUGGGAUGAAGGAAUCCGAGCAGUACUGUGUGACUCUCCUCUUCCUGGUGGCAUCCGAGCUGGAGAUCCUGAUUGGUUGCUCCUACAACGGGUCCCUCCCUCUCAGCUGGGGGCGUGUCUUUGAGAUCAGCUGCACCGCCCUCCAGUUCCAAUUCCAGGCCGCCUUUUCGCUGUGUCUCAACUUCCUGCAACAGGAAAUGGACGCCCGAUCCUGCCUGUACGUGGCAUCUUUUGCUGAGGCCUAUGGGAUGAGGGAGCUCCUGGAGGUGGCUGAUGACUUUGUCCUGAGGAACUUCCAAAAGGUGGCAACAAAUGCUAAAUUCAAGGAUUUGCCAGUGGAAAAACUGAAGAAGUUCCUGAGUUGCCCCUCUCUCUGUGUUUGCUCUGAGCUGGUUGUGUUCAAGGCAGUGGUGUAAUGGAUCGACGCCAACCCUGAAACCAGCCCCCAUCUGGCUAAAGAACUUAUGGAGAACAUCAAAUUCAAUUUAAUGGCCUUUAUCGAAUUCAAAGAGUUUCAGGCCAUGACAAUGUGGAAUGGAUGUAAAUCUGAGCUUUUUAAGUUUGUACAGCAGGACUUUAGUUCCAGUCACUUUGCCCCAAGGACCCAUUACAGAGUUCUUCAUUACAGACCCAUUUCAGAGACUUCUAAAGACAGUCUGGUCCUGGUAGGUAGAGACCAGAUCUCUGAGGACUUCAAUCAUCAUAUCCCUAGCCGAGAUGUGUGGUUUGGCAAUUCUCUAAGGAACCACAUCGGCAUGGUGAAGAACGUGGAGUGGAGGAAGCUGGGAGAGAUUCCAGAAUCAUCCAGUCAUGAGGUGGUGGUUCUGGAGGGGAAGUUGUACGUGGCUGGCGGAAGAACAUACUAUAGGACGGGCGACACCUUAAACUCGGUCUUCAGUUGAGAUGGAAUGCUCUUGAGUUAUUUAAGUUUAACUAUGCUUAUUUGGUUAUUACUUCACAUACUGUAGUGCAGGAAGUUUUGCCAUUUUUGCCAAAAUGCCAUUUGACUGUACAAGAAAAAUAGAAAGAAAUGUGUACAUUUUUGUUUUAAAUCAUAUUCUGACCCAGAUGUGGUAUACAUUGAUUGCUGCACUUUUCUAUCCAACCUGGUUCCAGAUAUGAUCCCACAGAGAACAGUUGGCAGAGACUGGCUGACAUGCAAAUGGCAAGGUGCUCCUUCUCUAUGGUUGCUGAGGACAACAGGGAGUCCAAGCUGGUGCACCGCUAUGAUCCCAGCAGCCAGUGCUGGGAGAACAUGGGCAGUAUGCCUGGACCUAACACUGACAUACGAGCCUGUGUUUUCCACCUGCCCCAACACCUAAGAUUGUGACGGUGACGUCAUGGAAUUCAAAUGAGGCUUAUGUAUUUUAUAUGAUAUAUUAAGUACAAGACAAAGUGUAAGCAAAUACAGAUGUAUUUGGUCUGAAUGUUCCAUUACACUCAUGCUGUGUCAUUGUUACUUUAAGCAUGUGAGAUGAUCAACCCGACAACACAGAAUGUCCCAGAAGGCGUUACCAUGACAAAUCUGUCUUUGCACUUCACUAAGUACCUGGAAGGGAAUUAACCCUUUUUUC